CUGAAUUAAUUUUGAAUUUACAGUAAUUCCAUUUAGUGCAGUCUCGACCUUUGUCUUUGACCUCAGCCCAAAACAAAACAUUAGAGAAAGGCAAACGAUCUGAUCUGAGAGAUUAGUAAGUGCAAGGGUAUUGCUACCAUUUAGGACUGACUAGACUAUCUAUGCCACCACUAAAAACUUGAAUUAGUUGACAUUGAGUUGCGGACCCUAUAGAUCUACUAUAUAACUGUUUCAAUAGUGCCAACAUUUUAGCAUGACAAAGUGUUCACAGAAGACACAGCUGGUGGCUAUUGGUAGUGUACUGUCAACUGUACUCUGGACUUUGUUUCUGGUACAGAAGAUGUGUAGCGACAACACGGCGUUCCUCCCUAGGCCUAUAUCUGCAAAUCCAGUUACAGAGAAGGAAAAUCUGCCAAACUGUACAAGCUGUAUGCAACUGAGGGAGGAAGAUCCCUACCCGACUAGUGGAGAAUCCCUCAGUGGAAAGAAUUUUUGUGAAGCAUUCACAGGAACAAACCGUACAGACUGUGUUUAUCUUCAUCCAGAGAUAUUUCACUAUGUCCUAUUUACAAACAAUCCGAAAGACAGCGUAUUGGGUUUUCGAGAGUUUUUGUCAAUAUAUUCAGUGGAUAAGUUUUAUAAGCCAGAGAAGAUUGUCAUACACUGUAGCCAAUCGAUCACUGGCAAGUAUUGGGAGAUUGUGCAGAAGUUGACUACUCCUAUUGAGAUGAGACUGACGUAUCGAAUAACUACUGUUGGCAAGAAACAGAAACCAGCAUUUAUUUCCCAUGAAGCAGACUAUCUAAAAAUCAAAUCUGGCUUCAGAGACGGGGGCAUUUAUUCUGAUUUUGAUGUUGUCAUCCUCAAUGGUUCAAAAUUGCGUGAAAUGCAACGACAAUCAGAGAUAGUGAUUGGGAGAAACAACCCAGAGUGUACCGAAACUUGUGCCGGAUUUUUUUCAAGUGUCCCCGGCUCACCAUUUAUGGGGAAAUGGUUGGACAGUUACGAGAAUAACUACAGGCCUGGAUGGACAUACAAUGCAGGACAUGUGCCAGCUCAAAUACUACACCAUUGCCCAGAAUGUCAUCGUGACAUAACUGUUGAUUAUGACAUGAGUAAUUGGAUUGACGCUAGGGAUAAAAACUGGUUGAAGGAAGGAGGGCUUGAGUGGAGGCAAAAAGCAGUGGCUCACUAUAUGAACACGGGGUUUAUGAAACCAUUAAAACCACCUAAAGAAUUACUUAGUAUGUCGACUCCAUUCUCAGAGAUGGUGAAGUUUGUACUAGGGGACGCAAUCAACGAUUUUAUUAUCUAACUUAUAACAGGUAUAAUUUUCGUUGCUCAGCUGAUUCGAGGCUAUGCCCCAUACCCCAUUACAAUUGCCCAAUACCAAGCUAUAUAUAAUUUAUUAUUGUAUACUCUAUAUAGCCAGCAAUUGAACUGUGUGCAUACAAAAUAAAAUGUUUUUACGACAA